AUGGUGCAGAAAUCCCGCAACGGAGGCGUCUACCCCGGGCCCGCCGCGGAGAAGAAGCUCAAGGUGGGCUUCGUGGGGCUGGACCCGGGAGCCCCGGACUCCAGCCGGGACGGAGCGCUCCUCAUCGCCGGUUCCGAGAGCUCCAAGCGGGGCAGCAUCCUCAGCAAGCCCCGCUCCGGGGUCUCGGGCAGCGGGAAGCCCCCCAAAAGGAAUGCUUUUUACCGCAAGCUGCAGAAUUUCCUCUACAAUGUGCUGGAGAGACCGCGGGGAUGGGCAUUCAUUUACCACGCAUACGUUUUUCUACUAGUGUUCUCCUGCCUGGUGCUGUCUGUCUUUUCGACCAUUGAUGAGUACCAGAACAGCUCAGAAGGGGCCCUUUAUAUCCUGGAAAUCGUCACCAUCGUGGUGUUUGGGGUGGAAUACUUUGUGCGGAUCUGGGCCGCCGGCUGCUGCUGCCGAUACCGGGGCUGGAGGGGACGGUUGAAAUUUGCCCGCAAGCCUUUCUGUGUCAUCGACAUCAUGGUGCUGAUCGCAUCCAUCGCCGUGCUGGCGGCGGGGUCCCAAGGGAACGUCUUUGCCACCUCGGCACUCAGGAGUUUGAGGUUCCUGCAGAUCCUGCGCAUGAUCCGCAUGGACCGGCGCGGCGGCACCUGGAAGCUCCUGGGCUCUGUGGUCUACGCACACAGCAAGGAGCUGAUUACUGCCUGGUAUAUUGGCUUCCUGUGCCUCAUCCUGGCCUCUUUCCUGGUGUACUUGGCCGAGAAGGGAGAAAAUGAGCACUUUGAUACAUACGCAGAUGCACUCUGGUGGGGUCUGAUCACUCUCACCACCAUUGGCUACGGGGACAAGUAUCCACAGACCUGGAACGGGCGGCUGCUGGCGGCAACCUUCACACUCAUCGGCGUCUCCUUCUUCGCCCUUCCUGCCGGUAUCUUGGGUUCAGGAUUUGCUUUGAAGGUGCAAGAGCAGCAUCGACAAAAACACUUUGAGAAGAGGCGAAACCCAGCAGCGGGCCUGAUCCAGGCGGCUUGGAGAUUUUAUGCCACCAACCUGUCCCGGACAGACCUGCACUCCACCUGGCAGUACUACGAACGCACCGUCACUGUCCCCAUGUACAGCACGCAAACGCAAACGUAUGGUGCCUCCAGACUCAUCCCUCCUCUGAACCAGCUGGAGCUCCUGAGGAACCUGAAGAGCAAGUCAGGACUGACAUUCAGGAAAGAGCAGCAGCCCGAACCAUCGCCAAGUCAGAAGGUCAGUUUGAAAGAUCGUGUCUUCUCCAGUCCCCGCGGUGCUGGCACCAAAGGGAAAGGCUCUCCACAGGCUCAGGGCAUCAGGAGGUCCCCCAGCGCUGACCAGAGCAUCGAGGACAGCCCGAGCAAAGUGCCCAAGAGCUGGAGCUUCGGAGACCGCAGCCGAGCCCGGCAAGCGUUCCGCAUCAAGGGAGCGGCGUCGCGGCAGAACUCGGAAGAAGCAAGCCUCCCUGGAGAAGACAUUCCUGAUGAGAACAAAAGCUGCAACUGCGAGUUUGUGACAGAAGAUUUGACACCAGGGCUGAAAGUCAGCAUCAGGGCAGUGUGCAUUAUGAGGUUUCUCGUCUCCAAGCGCAAGUUUAAGGAGAGCCUUCGUCCCUACGACGUGAUGGACGUCAUCGAGCAGUACUCAGCUGGGCACCUGGACAUGCUCUCCCGGAUCAAAAACCUUCAGGCCAGGAUAGAUAUGAUUGUGGGUCCCCCACCCCCUUCAACUCCCCGGCAUAAGAAGUAUCCAACCAAAGGACCCAUGUAUUCUUCCAAAGAGUCUCCCCAGUACUCGCCUAGAGUUGACCAGAUCGUUGGGAGAGGAUCCUCCAUGACUGACAAGGAUCGGACCAAAGGGCCAGCAGAAGGGGAGCUGCCUGAAGACCCCAGCAUGAUGGGCAGGCUUGGAAAAGUUGAAAAACAGGUUCAGUCCAUGGAGAAGAAGCUGGACUUCCUGGUGAACAUUUACAUGCAGCGGAUGGGCAUCCCACCAACGGAGACAGAGGCUUACUUUGGGUCCAAAGAACCAGACCCAGCCCCUCCCUACCACAGCCCCGAAGACAGCAGGGAGCACAUCGACAAGAACGGCUGCAUCAUCAAGAUCAUCAGGUCCACCAGCUCCAUGGGUCAGAAGAACUUCUCCGCUCCACCAGCCCCAAGCAACGCGUGCCCGCCCUCCACGUCGUGCCAGCGGCAGAGCCACGGCUCCUCUCCCAUCGGAGACCCCGGCUCGCUGGUCCGGAUCCCACCUCCGCCCUCCCACGAGCGCUCCCUGUCCGCCUACAGCGGCGGGCACCGGGCGAGCGCCGAGUACCUGAGGAACGAAGACAUUACAACCAAACACCACGAGAGUGCCAUGAGAGACAGCGACACGUCCAUCUCCAUCCCCUCGGUGGACCACGAGGAACUGGAGCGCUCUUUCAGCGGCUUUAGCAUCUCCCAGUCCAAAGAGAAUUUGGACAUCCUUAACAACGGUUGCUAUGCAGCCGUAGCCAAAAUCAGACCCUACAUUGCAGAAGGGGAGUCAGACACCGACUCUGACCUCUGCACACCCUGUGGUCCCCCCCCGAGGUCAGCCACGGGCGAGGGACCCUUCAGUGACAUGGGCUGGUCAGCCCCCCGGCAGUGA